GGCUGUAGUAAGAAGUCCGAUUUGCUAUUGGUUAGCACAGAUUUCGCUGUAACUUUAUUUUUUAUGUUUAUGGCACCUGGUAUUCCCAGGUGGUCUCCGGUCCCAGUACUAACCAGGCCGAUGGUAUGGCCACAAUAGUAUAUAUUUUUUCUAGCCGAAUUAGGUCCCUUGGCUCUGCAACUACUCAAUGGGAUCGGGAGAGGUGAAGGUCGAGUCAUGUGUCCUCCGAAAACAUGACCCUCCUGGCCGCCUACCUCUGCUCAACACUGCUCGCUUAAACCGGAUGUUAGGCAAGCCCCAUCAGCCAAACCAUCCCCUACCGCGGACGAGUUGUUCGCAAAACCUGGGAUCAAACCCCAGGCUGUUGACGUCGCUCAAACUUAUCUUCGUUCAAAUGAUAAGGGGUUGUACAUAUCAUGUGACAUUCCUAAAACUGUACCUGCCUUUCAGCGAGAAGCAACGCCCACAAGCCAAGCACAAUGGAUAGGUAACGGUUAACUUUGAUGGAAAACAAAAGUAGCCAAACUAAACCACAUCCGUUUCACGUGACAUGGAAGGCUUUAAGAAUGUAUUGGAGACGAAAAGGGAACCAAAUAUUUAGAAGUUGCGCGUCACAAUCCACGGGGAUUCCACAGAGGGCUGAUCACUGCAUAACUGCGUAUUCAUGCAAAUUCAAUAAAUCAUAGGCGGGCCUUAGGCGAUGGAGUCACAGCCCGAACACAGAACUCCUGGUAUACCAACGAGCACCAAAGACGGCGAUGCGCACAGCUCGGAUACACUGAGUGAUAACCGAUGAGGAAACGUUUCAGCCCUUUAAAGAAAGGAAAAAGGCAGAAGUGACGGCUAUCUUUGAGAGAAGAUCUUAUUCACUGUCCUCCCUUAUCUCACGACAAAAGACGCGCGAGUCAACCGGAGUACGCAGCUGUCAUUUCUUUACUGCGCAUUGAGUAGCCUAGCCUAUUUCGCCUUGAUUUGAUUUAUGUUACAGUAUAAUAUAGAGGAGAUACUGCACUCUGACUGAAGAUACCGAUGUGGAGGAAGUUGACAUUGCCCCUCUAUAGCCUACUGUCACUGCGCGUAAAAUCCACAUUUGGAUACGGACCUAUCGCUAAAGAAACUUCAUAGUCAAUUGCCGUUUAAUUUUCUCCACAAUGUCUGAAGAAGAUAAUAGCUGCACUGGUGCUAGUACUAUAGCUGAGGUUGAAAGCAGCAAUAUCAGCGUUCUCGGCUGGGAACAAGUGCAGCGCCUUGAUGCCAUCCUGACGGAGACCAUUCCCAUCCACGGCCGGGGAAACUUCCCCACUUUGGAGAUGAAACCCCGACAAAUAGUGAAAGUGGUGCGUAGUCGCAUGGAGGAAAGGAAUAUCCACGUCCGGGACGUGCGGCUUAACGGGUCUGCUGCAAGCCACGUUCUUCACGAGGAUAGCGGACUGGGCUACAAGGACCUUGACCUAAUCUUUUGCGCGGAUAUGAAAGGGGAAAGUGAUUUUCAGAUUGUGAAGGAUAUCGUUUUGGACUGUCUCCUGGACUUCUUACCUGACGGGGUGAAUAAGCAAAAAAUAUCACCAUUGACUUUAAAGGAAGCCUAUGUGCAGAAGAUGGUGAAGGUGUGCAAUGAUUCAGACCACUGGAGCCUCAUCUCCCUCUCCAAUAACAGAGGCAAGAACGUGGAGCUCAAGUUCGUAGACUCUCUGAGGCGGCAGUUUGAGUUUAGCGUGGACUCCUUCCAGAUCAAGCUGGACUCCCUGCUGCUAUUCUAUGAAUGCUCUGAGAAUCCCAUGGCCGAGACCUUCCAUCCCACCAUCGUGGGUGAGAGUGUGUUUGGGGACUUUGGUGCUGCCCUCGACCACCUACGCCAGAAGGUGAUCUGCACCCGCAACCCAGAGGAGAUCCGGGGCGGCGGCCUGCUCAAGUACUGUCACCUGCUGGUAAGAGGCUUUCACGCCGACUCCGAGACAGAGAUGAAGUCCCUGCAGCGUUACAUGUGCUCGCGCUUCUUCAUCGACUUCUCGGAUAUCAGCGAGCAGCAGCGCAAGCUGGAGUCCUACCUGCAAAACCACUUUGUGGGUCUGGAAGACCGCAAGUACGACUACUUGAUGACCCUGCAUGGGGUGGUCAACGAGAGUACGGUGUGCCUGAUGGGACAUGAGAGGCGGCAGACACUGGGGCUGAUCGCCAUGCUGGCGGUGCGCGUGCUGGCCGAGCAGAACUUCAUCCCGAACGUGGCUAACGUCACCUGCUACUACCAGCCAGCCGCCUACGUGGCAGACGGUAACUUCAGUAACUACUACAUAGCCCAGGUACAGCCCAUGUUCCACUGCCAGCGGCAUGCCUACUCCACUUGGCUACCCUGCAACUGAGACAGCACACGGGGAGGAGGGAGUGAGAGAGAAAGAGGGAGGGGAGAGUCUGAUUCAUUUAUCACUGUAAAGUGUUUUUCAGAUGAAUGAAUGAGAAAAGGGUAUCCUCAUGCCCCACCAUCCUGUAUUGCAUUUAAAUGUGUUGUUAUGUUUUGUUAGAGUGUGACGCUGGGGGG